AAAUUGCAUAACAGUUUCAGUUUGAAUUCGAAUCGAACCGUCCGUUAUUGUGUGUCUUAUUUAUUUUUUCCUUUCCUUGCCAUCUUGUUCAUUUUGUGUGAUAAUUGUGUGCGAUUGUGCGAACAAAAUGAGAUUUGCUCUAUUUGUAUUGGCUUGCUUUAUAGCAAGCGUCUCCGCUUCACCAGUCAAUAAACAACCGUUAGCGAGUUUAUCCGUCUCCACGGAUGAAGUUAAGGAAGAUCAAAUUCCAGUCGAAGUGAAACCAGUCGAAUUACAAGUUAAAGUCUCUCCAAAGAAAUUCGAUGUGAAAUUGGCUGAACCAACUACAACAACCACUGCUGCAUCAACGACAGUAAAACAAACGACGACGACGACAACAACUGAAAUUCCGUCUACGACUCAAGCCAAAACCGAAAAAUUAGCGGAAAGCAAGACUGCCAAAGCUGAAGAAUCGCCGGCACAGCCAAAAGAGGAAAAAGAAAACGAAAAAAAUGGGAAUCAUAAAGAGGCGGCUGAAUCGAAUAUCGCGGAAGUAAAAGUGGGUCCAUUAACUGUUGGACUUAAAAAAGCUGAAGACAAAGAAGAUGUCAAGAAUGAAAAAGAAUCUGAGGAAAAGAAACCGGCCGAUGAAAAAAGUCCACCGAAGGAAGAAUUAAAACCCACCACAUUCCGACCGAUUCAAUCGAGAGGUAGAGCACGUUACGGAUUUUCCCUAGCAGAAGAGAAAAUAACACAAAAACCAGUGGAAAAAUCAACAACAACAAAGGCAACGACAACAACUACGACAACUACAACGACGACAACAACAACCACAGAAAAACCAACCAAAAAGACUACCACAACAGAAGAACCAACUCAAAAGACAACAACUGUAGCUGCAAAAACGACGGAAAAGACAACUGAAGAGCCAACAACAGAACAAAUUGCAGAACAACCGACCGAGAGGCCGGAAGAGAAAAGCGAAAAGGCGAAAGAGAAGGAAAAAUCAAGUGAGAGCGAUGAAAUAUCUAAAGAAAAAACGGAAUCCCAAGAGGCUGAAUCGAAACCAGAAGUAAAGGGACGGUCUGGUGUUCUAAAGGCCGAAGAGAAGGAAAAAUCAAGUGAGAGCGAUGAAAUAUCUGAAGAAAAAACGGAAUCCCAAGAGGCUGAAUCGAAACCAGAAGUAAAGAGACGGUCUGGUGUUCUAAAUGCCGAAGAUCGUCGCAAAGGCAAAAAAUACCAUGACAUUCAAAUCGUUAAAUUGGAAUCCGAGCUCGAAGAAGACGGCAAAUAUCGUUUCAACUACGAAGGGGAAGACGGUACGGUUGUUAGCCAAGAGGGUGAAUUGAAGAAAAUGAUGAUGAAAACGGAAGAAGACGAUGAAGAAGAGGAGCACAUGGGCGAAAGUGUGAAGGGAUCGUAUUCAUUUAAAGACGAUGAGGGUAAAACAUAUAGUGUAACAUAUACAGCGGACGAGCAUGGCUACCGACCCGUUGGUGAUCACAUUCCAACGAUUCCGCCAGCAAUUGCUCGUUCAUUGGCUUGGCAAGCAACUGCAAAGCCAUGGGUAGACCCAUGGUUGAUCAAACAACAAAAAUUGAAGGCAGCUCGCGCCAAGAAAUUGGAAGAGCAAAAGGAAAAAGAAGAAAACGAAUCAGUGUCCGAAAAUGAAGAAUAGAUGGAACAAUUGCCGAAUAAUUUAAGUCAUAUAAAAACCGUGUGCCUUAAUUAGAUUGCUAAGAUAAUUUAUAGAAAAAAACGAAAACAAUGAAUAAAAUUGAAAAAAAAAAGAAAAAAAAU